AUGAAGGUUUCAUCUUCUCAAUUGUUGUUGGGCUCUCUUUUCCUACUCCAAGUUGCUGGGCUAGUGAUUCAGUCCGAGCAAGAACAUGCAGGUGUUGCCGUUCGAUCAGAGCAGUUGAUCGCUCGUGUUGAAUCAGCUGCAGACAGGGCAGCAAGAAAAGCCGCCCAAAAGCAGGCAAAGGAGGAGAAGAACAAUAAGAAAAAGGAAGACAAGCAGAAGAAAAAGGAUGAUAAGGAGAAGAAAAAACAGGAUAAAGGGAAGGGAAAAGCUACAGUUGAUGAUGAAUCAGCUGGAGCUGGUUCUUCAGCAAACCCCGAUUUUGCGGGCAAGUACAAGGAAACUGCGGAGAGUGGUGGCGAGCCAAAACCACCUUCAAAGACCGCAGCUGAUUUCCUGGAAGAGACUUUGGGUGACGAUAUCCGACAGCAACUCUUCACCACUUUUAUUGUAGAGUCUGUCACAAAGUCCAAGGCGAAGCCCGGUACGGCCGAGUUCAAACAAUCGCUUUUGAAAGUCCGAUAUAGUGAGCAGGGUAUGAUUGUGGACUCAAUGUACAAAGCCAAAGAUGGGAACCCAAAAAAAGCACAAAUCCCAAUCACCAAACUCAUGAGCAUAGGAGCCAAACAACUGAAAAGUACGCCUCAGUGGAUCUUUUGUGGCAAAAUAGCGAAUGAAGCAACAAGAAAGAUCAUUAUAGAUGGUUUAGCGGCGAAGUAUGGGUCUGAAACAGGUGCCGCUACGGACAAAAUCUGGAAGAUCACAAAAGGUGGGGAGGACAAUGAUGUCUUUACAAAACUCAUGAGCAGCGAUAAUGGAAGGCCUAUUGCCAACUGGUUGAAAUACAACCCUGAGACCAUUGGUGGUCCUGUAACGAAGAUUGUUGUCAAGGGAAGUGAUCCUGCAAAGCUUCUCUUCGUACUCGGAGGCACGUAA